CCUUCGAGUAGUCCAGCAGCAGCAGCAGCAGCAGCAAUCACCAUGAACAAGUUUAUCGCCCUGGCAGUGUUCUCGACGGCCCUGGUUGGCGCCUUGGCCAACUACGCCCCGGCCGCUCCGGCCAAGUACGAAGCGCCGAAGGCCAGCUACGGCGGUGGCCACGGAGGAUACGCCGCCCCGGCUGCGGCCAGCUACGGUGGUGGCCACGCUUCCGGCGGCUACGGAGGACACGGAGGAUACGGCGGCGGACACGGUGGAGCCGUUCCGGUGGUGCACACGUACGCUGCCCAGGCCCCGGCGGCCAAGUGCGGAGCUAACCUGCUGGUCGGAUGUGCCCCGAGCGUGGCGCACGUGCCCUGCGUCCCAGUCCAUGGCGGUGGCCACGGAGGAUACGGCGCGGCUCAUGGCGGUUCGUACGGCGGAGCAUCGUACGGAGGCGCCUCUCACGGAGCGUCCUACGGUGGAGCUUCCCACGGAGCGUCGUACGGAGCCCCGGCUGCCCACGGUGGAUACCGUGCCAGCGAGGACGGUUCGGAGCCCUUCGACAAGUUCGAGGAAUAAGCGUGAGCCGACGGUGACGCCCCCUGGAUGAAUACUCGACGAAGUACGGAAGCAACGAUUUGGAUGACGAUGCGGCAAUUGUGUAGGAGUUAGUGCGAAAAAUGCGGGAAGAAUUGUGUUGGUGCAAUUUUUUGGAAACAAUAAAUGCUUAUUUAAAUUUAAA